GGCGGAACGGCGCAGGCGCGGCUCCCUUUAGCGCACGCGCAUUGUAGCGUGGGCGUCACCCCCCCAUCUCUCCUCGCGCCGCUGUCAGGCGGGGGGCCGCCUCGUUUGGGUGUGUGGGGCCAGGCACAAAGCGCGCGUGCGCACUGUGGGCUGGGUUGCAGCAGCAGCAGCAGCAGCGAGCGGCGGCGGUUGAGCUCGCGCGGUCGGUUCCCCUAGCAUCCGAUCACCAUGGCCGAUGAUUUGGACUUCGAGACGGGAGAUGCUGGUGCCUCCGCCACCUUCCCCAUGCAGUGCUCGGCCCUCCGCAAAAAUGGCUUCGUGGUGCUCAAGGGCCGCCCCUGCAAGAUCGUGGAGAUGUCAACCUCCAAGACUGGCAAGCAUGGCCAUGCCAAGGUGCACCUGGUUGGCAUAGACAUCUUCACUGGGAAGAAAUACGAAGAUAUCUGUCCUUCCACCCACAACAUGGAUGUGCCCAACAUCAAGAGAAAUGACUUCCAGCUGAUUGGGAUCCAGGAUGGGUACCUGUCCCUCCUCCAGGACAGCGGGGAUGUGCGGGAGGACCUGCGUCUGCCUGAAGGGGAGCUGGGCAAAGAGAUAGAGCAGAAAUAUGACUGCGGAGAAGAGAUCCUGAUCACCGUGCUGUCUGCAAUGACCGAGGAAGCUGCUGUUGCCAUUAAAGCCAUGGCUAAAUAAAGGAUCCCCAGAGUGGCAGUGGCAAUGGCAACUUUUACUACAAAAGAAAGAAUUGCAACCCUUCUAAACUGGCUCCAUUUGGCUCACCCCCCCCCUCCUGAUCUCAGCCCCUCCCCCCAUAAAACCCUCCCUCCAGGAAUGAAAACCAAGGAAGAAAAACCUGUUUAAUUUUGUCUUUGUUGGGUCUGAAGCUAGAUGCUUUUUUUGGCUCCCCCUUCCCUCUGACCCCCGGGGUGCUUGGAACACUACAUCGGGGAAGGGCUUAUUUGGCGGGGGGGAGAGAAAUUGACAGAAGGGGGUGGGAAACUUGCCUUGGGAUGCUUUUUUUUGGGAGAGAAUCUCCUCAAAUCCCUGUGGAGGGUGGGGUCCCCAAAACUUAGCCAUUGAAUCUCCAAGAACCCCAAAAAAUCCCUUUGGAUCUCAGGUCCCCCAACCACACCAAUCCAGGAUCCUCCUGCAAACAGGGGUCCUGCAAACCCUGCAGCUCUUGGGUCUGACUGAAAACAGAAUCUUCCCACCCCUUUACCCUCUCCUAGGUCAAAAAGGCUAGUGAGUAACCAUCCUGCUGCCUUCUCAUUGGUCGAGGCAACUGCAAGCUAUCUGCUUCCUGUUGCGCCCCUCCCCCAGCUAAAGGGCAGCAUUGCUAGGGGUGAUGCCCCAAUUCUGGGACUCUUGGGCCCCCUCCCCCACAUAAAAGGGCAUGUCUACCUGUCAAGGGGGAGGAUGGGACUCACCUGGCUGAGGGGUGUAGCUGUUCUCCCUGCUGUGCUGGACCCAGGGUGUACCCAGUGCCCCCGGGGUCACCUCCCUGCUGGAGCUCUUGGGGUGGGGACAAAAGUGGGGGUUCCUGGGUCACUCACUAGCUCCUCCCUCCUCCAGGUUCAUCCCCUCCUGCCCUGCUGUCAAGGGGUCAGCGCCUGCCCCCAACACAUUUGUUAAUCAGCCUCAAUAAAACAAGUUUAAUACGAA